CAGUAAAGUUGUUGCUGCCUUCCUUCCUACCUUCCUAGCAACUUCUUUCUUGUCAAACAAUACAACUAUUCUCCUUUCCUCAUCAAUGAACUAGCUUAACCUAUACUCUUCUCUGAUCUUCUUCUUCUUCUUCUUCUUCUGAAUACUGCCUCAGCAAACCAGCACUUGAAGAACAUCGAUCAAUAGCUGAAUCCAGGGCCACUGAUCAAAAUGCUUCGACAGAAUGAUCCAGUUUUGCAUCAUGUUGACAGAUCUUUUUGGGAAUAUGUUGAAAAGAUGGAUGAUGGUCGCAUGAGGUGUAAGUUUUGUGGGCAUUGUUUUGCCGAACGUACUUCCAUUUCGAGGAUCAAAUUGCAUUUAGCAGGAGUGACAGGCCGUGGUGUUAAAACUUGUGGACAAGUGCCUCCAGAUGUCCAAGACGCAGCCCUUGCAGCAAUUGAUGGCCCUCAAGAAAAGAAACUUAAAACUUUAGCAGGCUCUAGCAAUAAUGAUGUCACUAAUGAAAUUUCACCUUCAGCACAACAACAGAACAAUGAAAUGAUGAUGGCACGACAACGAGAAGAUCUUUGGCUCGAAGAUUUGGUGACUAGCAUCACUGUUGAAGACAUGGAGCUUCUGGAGAGAGGUAGCUUUCAUGAGAGGCCAUCAUUUUAUCAAGCUGAUGAGCCUCGAGGUGAUCCAUCCCAACCAACAAAUGAUCAACUCUGUUCUCCAUCAGUAAACAAUGAUGUCAUCGUGAAUGAUGCACAGAACGUAUUUCGAGUGAGGACAGAACCAGUGGUUCAGGUGUUGGAACAAAGCAAUGCAGAACUUGAGAAUUUGUCUGUGGAUGCUGGAAGGACACAAGUGGGAGUUCAGGGCAUGGAACAUGGUUGGGAGGAAGAGAGAGUUUGUUCGCAUUUAGACAUGGAAAAUAGCAUGGAAAACACUGGUGAAGGAUCUGUCCAGCAUGUUGACAGAAUUGUCUCUCCUUGGAGACACGCGAUUGAUGAAAAUUAUAGUAGAAGAGGUGCAAUAGAAAGAUUAGUGCAGCCUGGCGUAGGUGCAAGCUCUUCUGGAGGCAAUGUGAUUCAUCAUGGCAUUUCAACCAGUCCACAAGAGCAAAACAAUGAAGUCGACAAUUUGACAGGAGAUGCAACAAGGAUACAAGCACCAGAUAUGUAUGAAAAAAGCUUGCAGGAGAUGCGUACUUUCUUAAUGAAGGAUGAUAUGGAGAGCAAUAGUGGAAGAUCAUUGCAGCCUGGUGCAGGGGCACGCUCUUCUGUAGGCCUUAAACACAACACAAGUGAGACUAGAGGAGCUCCUUUACCUACUGGCUCUACAAAGCUAGUGGGUCGAGCAUUUGAAGAGAAUAGGAAAGUGAUAUGGUCUUGGUUGAUGGACGAAGAAGUCUCAACCAUUGGUAUUUACGGGAUGGGGGGGGCUGGUAAAACCACAAUGUUGAAACAUAUCUAUAACGAGCUUCAACGAAUUGCAAAUAUUUCUCCUCAUGUUUACUGGGUGACCGUGUCUCGAGAUUUCAGCAUUCAUACAUUGCAGAAGAAGAUCGCAAAAUGUAUAAAUUUAUCUCUUUCCAUCGAAGAGGAGGAGUUGCACAUAGCUGUGAAAUUGUCACUAGAACUAAAAAAGAAACAAAGAUGGAUUUUAAUUUUAGAUGAUUUGUGGAACUCCUUUGAGCUAUACAAAGUGGGAAUUCCUGUCUCAUUAAAAGAAUGCAAGCUGAUUAUAACAACUCGAUCAGAAACAGUUUGUCGACAGAUGAAUAGCAGAAACAAUCUCAGAGUGAAUCCUCUCUCUAAUAAAGAAGCUUGGACUUUGUUUACGGAGAUACUUGGACAUGACACACGACUUUCUCCAGAAGUAGAACAAAUUGCAAAAUUUAUCACAAGGGAGUGUGAUGGUUUGCCGCUGGGAAUUAAAACAAUUGCUGGAACCAUGAAGGGCGUAGAUGACAUCCACGAAUGGAGCGAUGCUUUGGAGGACCUCAGACAAUCAAGAGUUAUGCAAGAUAAAGUGGAAGAGGAGGUAUUUCAUAUAUUGAGAUUUAGUUACACCCACUUAAGUGAUAGAGCUCUGCAACGAUGUUUCUUGUAUUGUGCAUUAUUUCCAGAAGACUCUGCUAUCAAUAGACUGCAAUUGAUACGUUAUUUGAUUGAUGAGGGAGUGGUAAAGGGGCAAAAGAGUAGGGAGGCAGGAAUUAACAAAGGCCACACAAUGCUUAAUAGACUUGAAAAUGUCUGUCUAUUAGAAAGAUUGCAUGGUGGUGAUUUUGUUAAGAUGCAUGACUUGAUUAGGGACAUGGCCAUCCAAAAGCUGCAAGAGAACUCUCAAGCCAUUGUUGAAGCUGGUGAACAAUUAGAAGAAUUGCCGGAUGCAGAGGAGUGGACUGAGAAACUUACGACCGUUUCACUAAUGCACAACCGAAUUGAAGAGAUUUGUUCCAGCCAUUCAGUGAGGUGUCCAAAUCUGUCAACCUUAUUGCUAUGUAGUAAUCAUAGGUUGCGAUUCAUUGCGGGUUCAUUUUUCGAGCAAAUGCAUGGGCUCAAGGUCCUCGAUCUGUCUAACACAGCUAUUGAAUGUUUGCCUGAUUCUGUCUCUGAUUUGGUGGGUCUCACUUCAUUGUUGCUCAACAAUUGUCAGAGGUUAAGCCGUGUACCAUCAUUGAAAAAGCUCAGGGCACUGAAGAGGUUAGAUCUCUCUCGUACUCCACUUAAAAAGAUUCCACAUGGCAUGAAAUGUCUAUCCAACCUGAGAUAUCUAAGAAUGAAUGGAUGUGGUGAAAAGAAGUUUCCAUGUGGGAUAAUACCUAAACUCUCUCACCUGCAAGUCUUGAUACUAGAGGAUUGGGUGGAUAGGGUUCUUAAUGAUGGUAGAAUGGGUAAGGAAAUAUAUGCUGCAGUAAUAGUUGAAGGAAAGGAAGUAGGAUGCUUGAGGAAGUUGGAGAGUUUGGAAUGCCAUUUUGAAGAUCGCUCUAACUACGUGGAGUACCUCAAAUCUCGGGAUGAGACCCAAUCACUAAGAACAUACAAAAUUGUUGUAGGACAGUUCAAGGAAGAUGAAGGUUGGGAAUUUAAGUAUAAUCAGAAAAGUAACAUAGUUGUUUUGGGUAAUUUGAAUAUCAAUAGAGAUGGAGAUUUUCAGGUCAUCUCCUCAAAUGACAUUCAACAACUAAUUUGUAAAUGUAUCGAUGCGAGAAGUUUAGGCGAUGUUUUGUCAUUAAAGUAUGCAACUGAACUGGAGUAUAUCAAGAUUUUGAAUUGCAAUAGCAUGGAGAGCUUGGUUUCAUCUUCUUGGUUAUGCUCUGCUCCACUACCACAGCCAUCUCCAUCUUGUAAUGGUAUAUUUUCUGGUCUUAAACGGUUAUAUUGUUCUGGUUGUAAGGGUAUGAAGAAGUUGUUCCCUCCUGUCUUGCUGCCAUACCUUGUAAACCUGGAAAGGAUUGAUGUUAAAGAAUGUGAGAAAAUGGAGGAGAUAAUAGGUGGAGCAAUAUCGGAUGAAGAAGGGGAUAUGGGUGAAGAAAGCAGCGUCAGAAACACCGAAUUCAAACUCCCAAAGUUGAGAGAACUGCACUUGGGAGAUUUACCAGAACUAAAAAGCAUUUGUAGUGCAAAACUGAUUUGCGAUUCUCUCCGAGUAAUUGAAGUACGGAAUUGCAGUAUCAUAGAAGUCUUGGUUCCAUCUUCUUGGAUUCACCUUGUAAACCUGGUAGAGAUUGUUGUUGAAGGAUGUGAGAAAAUGGAGGAGAUAAUAGGUGGAGCAAGAUCGGAUGAAGAAGGGGAUAUGGGUGAAGAAAGCAGCGUCAGAAACACCGAAUUCAAACUCCCAAAGUUGAGAGAACUGCACUUGGGAGAUUUACCAGAACUAAAAAGCAUUUGUAGUGCAAAACUGAUUUGCGAUUCUCUCCGAGUAAUUGAAGUACGGAAUUGCAGUAUCAUAGAAGUCUUGGUUCCAUCUUCUUGGAUUCACCUUGUAAAACUGAAAAGGAUUGAUGUUAAAGAAUGUGAGAAAAUGGAGGAGAUAAUAGGUGGAGCAAGAUCGGAUGAAGAAGGGGAUAUGGGUGAAGAAAGCAGCGUCAGAAACACCGAAUUCAAAUUCCCAAAGUUGAGAGAACUGCACUUGGGAGAUUUACCAGAACUAAAAAGCAUUUGUAGUGCAAAACUGAUUUGCGAUUCUCUUCAAGUAAUUGAAGUACGGAAUUGCAGUAUCAUAGAAGUCUUGGUUCCAUCUUCUUGGAUUCACCUUGUAAACCUAGAAGAGAUUAUUGUUAAUGGAUGUGAGAAAAUGGAGGAGAUAAUAGGUGGAACAAGAUCGGAUGAAGAAGGGGAUAUGGGUGAACAAAGCAGCAUCAGAAACACCGAAUUCAAACUCCCAAAGUUGAGAGAACUGCACUUGGGAGAUUUACCAGAACUAAAAAGCAUUUGUAGUGCAAAACUAAUUUGCGAUUCUCUCCAAAAAAUUGAAGUACGGAAUUGCAGCAUCAGAGAAAUCUUGGUUCCAUCUUCUUGGAUUGGCCUUGUAAACCUAGAAGAGAUUGUUGUUGAAGGAUGUGAGAAAAUGGAGGAGAUAAUAGGUGGAGCAAGAUCGGAUGAAGAAGGGGUUAUGGGUGAAGAAAGCAGCAUCAGAAACACCGAAUUCAAACUCCCAAAGUUGAGACACCUGUACUUGAAAAAUUUACUAGAACUAAAAAGCAUUUGUAGUGCAAAACUGAUUUGCGAUUCUCUCGAAGUAAUUGAAGUAUGGAAUUGCAGUAUCAGAGAAAUCUUGGUUCCAUCUUCUUGGAUUCGCCUUGUAAAGCUAAAAGUGAUUGUUGUUGGAAGAUGUGUGAAAAUGGAGGAGAUAAUAGGUGGAACAAGAUCGGAUGAAGAAGGGGUUAUGGGUGAAGAAAGCAGCAGCAGCACUGAACUGAACUUCCCACAGUUAAAAACUCUGAAAUUGAUUUGGUUACCAGAACUCAGAAGCAUCUGUAGUGCAAAACUGAUUUGCGAUUCUAUGAAAUUAAUUCAUAUAAGAGAAUGUCAGAAGCUGAAGAGAAUGCCAAUUUGUCUUCCGUUGCUUGAAAAUGGCCAGCCAUCUCCUCCCUCUUUUCUUAGAGAUAUCUAUGCAACGCCCAAAGAAUGGUGGGAGUCAGAAGUGGAGUGGGAGCAUCCUAACACCAAGGAUGUCCUUCGUCGUUUCGUAAGGUUUGGAUAAGAUGGGUAAGCAUCGUUCUUUCUGAAUCUCUCAAUUUGCUUUUAAUUUAAGUUUAAUGAAUUAGAAUCAAUUGUUGCGUGUAUACCUAAGACAGGAAAAUUCUGAAUUUAUCUACUGUACUUGGUGUGGAAUUGAAUGACUCUCUCUCAUCUUUUAUUGGCUUCAAA